AUGUACUCAUUCCCUUCAAUUCGCUCUUCUUGGCCUGAGAAUGCUCCUGCUAGUGUUGCAGAUAUCUACAAUUUUGAUCCUUCAUUUUUGCCUCUGGAGGAACACAAGCCAAUAUUAGGUCAUCCAAGUGGCCAGAUUGAUGAACAAGAGGGAUUCCAUAAUCUGUUGGAUAUGGAUUUCUUUAAAGGAUUUGGAAUACUGAAUGAUGAUUAUAGUCAGGUCCAUGAUGAGCCCUCUGUGGCCACACCCGUGGACUCAGAGAAGGUCCCUAAUGGGGAAGGAAUUGUGCUCAGUUGUCACGUGGAUCCAUGCAACAAGAAGUUAUCUCACAACGCCCAUGAACGAAAUAGACAAAGGAAGCAAAAUGCUCUCUAUGCUCAGCUCCAAGCUUUGCUGCCCAACCCAAAUGGGAAGAGGAAGCUGAGCAUACCGAAAACCGUUUGUAGAGCUCUGAAAUACAUUCUUGAACUGCGCAGUGAAAUUGCAAAGCUAUGCAGACAACGUGAUAAGUUAUUAAUCAUUAGACGAAUUUCUGAGAGCUCAAAAUCAAAAGCAAAUAGAGAGCAUUUACAUUCGCAUGACGGCUUCAAGUGCUUUCCUCCCAAUGUUACAGUCAAUUCUGCGGCUUUGACACAUUCUGAAGUGUUAGUCACAGUCUACACAUGCAGAGCUGCUCUGCUAGAAUCCUUUUUGUUAGUCUUAAUAGAAAAAGAGGGACUGGAAGUUAUGGAUGCUUCUACAUUAGUUUCUCUUGACACAAUCUGUUGUAUUCUUCGUCUCAAGAUGGUCAAAAGUACAGUAGACAUGGAAGUUCUUCAGAAGAAGAUUUUGCUCUUAUGUGGGAAUAACUCGGGGAUGAUAAACUGUCAUCAAAUGCAACAUCGACUAGUUGGAAGACACAUAAAUUAG